GGAGGACAGCCUCCGAGGGCGGCGAUCUGCCGGGUUGCUGAGAAGCGAAGGAAGGGGUCGGCCUCCCAGUCCCAAGCCCGCGCGUCCCGCGCGUCCCCCGCGUCCCCCGCGCCCCCCGCACCCCUGCGCGAGUGCGAGCCGCCGGCGGAAGUGCUGCGUCGCGCACUUCCGGGUGUUGUCUGGUGGCUGCUACAGCCGCGCGUCUCUGGUCUCCCGGCCGCCGCCGCCGCCUCGGGUCUUGGAGCCAGGAGGGACGUUACCGCCAUGGCCGGCAUCAAAGCUUUGAUUAGUUUGUCCUUCGGAGGAGCAAUUGGGCUGAUGUUUUUGAUGCUUGGAUGUGCUCUUCCAAUAUACAACCAAUACUGGCCCCUCUUUGUGCUGUUUUUUUACAUCCUUUCACCUAUCCCAUACUGCAUAGCGAGAAGACUAGUGGAUGAUACAGAUGCUAUGAGUAAUGCCUGUAAGGAACUCGCCAUAUUUCUUACAACGGGCAUCGUUGUCUCAGCUUUUGGACUCCCUAUUGUAUUUGCCAGAGCGCACCUGAUUGAGUGGGGAGCUUGUGCACUUGUUCUCACAGGAAACACAGUCAUCUUUGCAACUAUACUGGGCUUUUUCUUGGUCUUUGGAAGCAACGACGACUUCAGCUGGCAGCAGUGGUGAAAGAGACUGCGGAACUGUUGUCAGAUGGACUUCUUGUCGUGGGUCGGCCCUCCGCGCACACAGGAGACGGGGCAGCGCUGCCGAAAGGGGUAGCAAGCCUCUCGGGGGUGUUCUAGGUGCUCCCCUCUCACGCGCAUUGUAAGCAUACUGUGUUCACAGAGACUUGCUAAAGGAUUAAAAGGAUUUUCUCUUUUGGAAA